ACGCAAGCCAUAGAAACUUAUAUCAGGACACAUGUGCAGUUUCAAAGUCCUAUGAUAAAUAGAAGUGGGUCAGGGGAAAUCUUUAUUGAAUGAUCCCCGCAAAAGCAUUAGUAUGCAAUUUGACCAGGGAGGCAGUCCUUUAUUUCCCUGGAUGAAGCACAGCUGUAUUACGUGUCAAACUAGGGUGUGGGUUCCCUUUCCAAAUGGGUGGCUCCCAAGAAUCAAGGUGCAAAAGCCCCUUCCAUAUGUGCAUUGCUAUCUCCCUCCGCCCCAGCAAAAAGUGGAAGAGCCUGAAGCGUAGAAGCCCACCGCUUUCUCAUACUUUCCGUCUCCGAAAAGGCACAGUUGAACUUCACGGCUGUCUUGCCGCAUCCAUCGCCUUCUUCCCCUCUUGACGCAAGUGCCGCGGACCAGAGGGCAUCUCCUGCCUGGUAUCUAUUUAUACAGCAAAGGUGCUGCCCGUCCUUGUGGCAAACACGGCCUCCCGAUGAGAACUCUGCAAGGCGGAGGCGUUUAUGCCUGGCCGACCUUGCCACCCGCAUUGGGGGCUGCGAGGAAGAGAGGGGACACAAAGGGGAGGUCAUGCGGAUGAGAAGAGGAACUCCGGCGGUGAUGUCUUCGGAGCGCAUUGGGGACACUGCUGCCUGGUCACAUUAUUUAAAGAGAGCGGCGUUGGUUUGCACACUCUAGAGAAACUGGGUCUGGAACAGCUUGGGAACCGUCCCCUGCAUCUCCAUCCAAGGGGUCAACCAAAGUCCAAGUCCUGCUCUGCAAACUGAAUCAAGAAGCCCUGAGUCUGCAAGAGCUCCGCAAACGGUGACUUGGAGGCCUCUCAUUCAUUCAGUCUCCAGGUGAAGGCACUUAACAACAAGAAGAUCUUCUCCGAGACCCUCUUUACUUGAUCUCCUCUCUAAGGAGUCCAAAUUGAGUGUGAAAAGGACUUCUCCUCAUCCAGACAUCUCCAAAGUCGGAGAAGCAGCAACGGCGGAUGGCCUUCUUCAAGGACCGCGUUUACCCGGCACUGGCCUUCUGUCAGUCUGUCUGCCUCUUCUUCUUCAAGGGGAUGAUAGAAGGCCUGAUGGUCCUGCUCUUCCUCUGGUUGCUCGUCCAGGUCUUGCUGGACAAGCAUCAGCGAGUGCAUUUGCAGGCGUUCCUGGGCGUGGGGCUGGCCCUGCUGUGCUUCUGCCUCCUCCUCGGGUGUGCCAUCUGCUGGCACCAACGCAAGAAGAGCCGCUCCGAUGACGCCAAAGCGCAAGUGGCGGAUCGAACCGUGAUGGACUUGGGCAUGGUUUCGCCUUCCCGGACGAUAACACCGGUGGCCAUCCAGCAACAGUAUGUCGAGAUCGAAGGAGAGGUUUUGGAGUCCCCGAGUCCCACCGCAGUCAUGGAUUCUCCAGGGUCCUCUGGCCCAGAAAGCCCACCCCGGAGCCUCUGCCACGGCCGAGCAUCCCUCCCCAGCAUCCCCAUCUCUCAGAAGCUGGGCUUGCCGGCGAAGUUACCGCGGGGACGGGAGCGCCGGUGCACCAUCUCCGGAGAGAGCGUCUUUGGGGACCGGAGCAGCCUCAUCUCCCGGCCCACCUUGGGCACCAGCCUCCCUCAGUCUUACACCGUCCCAAGAGGCCUCUCUGGGGCCACCACCACAAAGCCUCGGCCGCACCUUCACUUCACUUUGUUCUACUCGGAAGCGGAGGCCCUGCUGACCGUGACGGUGGUCGGCGUCUCUCGCUUGCCCAAGGGUCUCCGGUCGAGCCGCAAUUCCUACGUCAAAGUCUACCUCCUUCCAAAGUUCGUGGAGCCCCAGCGUACCUCCUUGUGCAAGAGAAGCCUGAACCCGGAGUUUCACGAGCAGUUCCAGUUUGGCCGCUACGGCCUGGAAGAGCUGCAGAGCCUGACGCUGCGUUUCACCGUCUAUGCCAAGGAGUUUCACAACCUUAAGGACUCCUUCCUGGGUGAAGUCAUGUUCCCAUGCUCCCAAGCCACCUGGAACCCAAGAGUGCCCUCGGUCUACACUCAGGAGCUGUCCACCACCAAAACCAAGCUCAGAAAGUCUCUCAGUUCUCAGGACAUCAGCUCCAGUCCAUCGUUCUGCCAGCCCAAGUCCAUGGGUCAGCUCUUUCUCCUGCUUCAGUACCAAGCUCUGGCCAACCGGAUCAAAGUGCUGGUCCGCAAAGCGGAGAACCUGGGCCGGCUCACGCGCAUCCCUGGCACACCAGACCACUACGUUGUGAUCCAGCUGUAUCACGAUGGGAAGGUCCUCGACGCCAAGGAGACCAAGUCCGUCGCUGGGUGCAAUCCCGUAUGGAACACCCCGUUCCUUUUCAGCAUCCCAGCCGGAGACAUCCAGGAGCAGCAGCUGGCCUUGGAGUUCACCGUCAUGCAGGCUCGCCUCUACACCCGCAGUUGCCUUGUGGGUCGAGUGCUGAUCGGCCCCAAUGCUCCGGAGAUGGGGCAGGUCCAUUGGAAGGAAAUGUGCAGCAGGGGAAAUGUGGAGUCGGCCCGUUGGCACUCCAUCCAACCACCGGCCUUCCAACUCAGCCCUUGAUGAUCGGAGGCCAAGGUUCCUACUGGGGCGAUGUUGCUUGCUGCGGCAAAGAGUGGUCGGGGGGACUCCCUGCCGCUGUGCCUCUUGCGCAAGGACCCUGGAGCCAAACGACUCUUCCACCAUUGGCAGCCUCGAGCAUCAUGAGAGAAGGUGGGCAUGGAUGGCGGUGCCUCCAGGAUCCAUGGAGUUAUAAGGACAAAUUGCUUUGAGAAUGGACCAGGCAGGAGAUCUGAAACAUCCAGGUGCUCUUAGGCCAGUUCUGAAUGCUCUCAAGCUCCUAAAUCACUUCUGCGACCUCUUUAAGCCACCCAUAAGUCACAUCCGAGUGCCCUUAAGCCACUUCCAACUGCUCUUAAGCCAAUUCCGAGCAUUCUUAAGCCAUUCCCGAGCUUAAGCCACUUUGGAGAGCUUUUAAGCCAGCUCUGAGCACCCUUAAGCCAGCUCCAAGUGCUCUUAAACCAGUUUCAAGUGAGCUUCAGCCACUUCCGACUGCUCUUAAGCUUGUUUGUAAUUUAAGCCAAUUCUGAGCAUUCUUAAGCCACUUCUGAGUUCAAGCCACUUUUGAAAGUUUUUAAGCCAGCUUCGAGCACCCUUAAGUCAGCUCCAAGUGCUCUUACACCAGUUCCAAAUGAGGGUUGUCGUGUGUUUUCUGAGCUGCCUUGCCAUGUUCCAGAAGCAUUCUCUCCUGACAUUUCGCCUGCAUCUGUGGCAGGCAUCCUCAGAGGUUGUGAGUUCUGUUGGAAGCUAGGAAAAUGGGGUUUAUAUAUCUCAAAACAGGGGAAUUCCAAACAAGAAACAAUCAGUCAGCUAAUCACCUCCCAAUAAAAGAUUCCCCCAGGCAGGAAGCAGCCAGACCUUGAAACUACCAGGCUAUUAAAUGCUAAUCAAGGUAGCCAAUUGCUACAUUCACACCUACCUCAAACAAACAAGAGUUCUUUCUCCCACCAUGGACAUUGCUCAGAUAUAUACACCCAAAUUUUCUAGUUUCCAACAGACCUCGCAACCUCUGAGGAUGCUUGCCAUAGAUGCAGGCGAAACAACAGGAGAGAAUGCUUCUGGAACAUGACCAUACAGCCUGGAAUACACACAACAACAUAAUGAUUCCGACCUUGAAAGCCUUCAACAAUACAAGUUCCAAAUGGGUUUAAGUCACUUCCAAUUGCUCUUAAACUGGUUCCAAGUUUGUGCCACUACGAACGCCCUUAAGUUGUUUUGGCAUGUCCUUAGGCCAGCUCCUAGUGCCCUUAAGUGACUUGUGAAUGCCCUUAAGCCAUUUCUGAGCUCUCUUAAACCAUCCCAGAUAUGCUUAAGCCACUUCUAACUGCUCUUAAGCCGGUUCAUAGUUUUUAAGCCAAUUCUGAGCAUUCUUUAGAUACCCUUGAGCUUAAGCUACUUCCGGGAGCUCUUAAACUAGCUCUGAGCACUGCUUCCAAACACCCUCAAGCCACUUCUAAGAUUAAGCCAGUUCAGAAUGCUCUUAAGCUAGCUCCGAAUGUGCUUGAGGUCCUUCCAAUUGCUCUUAAGCUAGUUCUGAGCACUCUUGAACUACUUCCAAAGAUGCUUAAGCUACUUCUAAGAUUAAGCCAGUUCCGAGUGCUCUUAAGCUAGUUCUGAGUGUGCUAGAGGCACUUCCAAUUGCUCUUAAGCUAGUUCUGAGCACUCUUGAACUACUUCCAAGGAUGCUUAAGCUACUUCUAAGAUUAAGCCAGUACCGAGUGCUUUUAAGCUAGUUCUGAGUGUGCUAGAGGCACUUCCAAUUGCUCUUAAGCUAGUUAUGAGUACUCUUGAACUACUUCCAAGGACGCUAAAGCUACUUCUAAGAUUAAGCCAGUUCUGAGUGCUCUUAAGCUAGCUCCAAAUGUGCUUGAGGCACUUCCAAUUGCUCUUAAGAUGGUUCUGAGCGCUCUUGAACUACUUCUAAGAACGCUUAAACCACUUCUAAGAUUAAGCCAGUUCCGAGUGCUCUUAAGCUAGCUCCAAAUGUGCUUGAGGUCCUUCCAAUUGCUCUUAAACUAGUUCUGAGCACUUGAACUACUUCCAAGGACGCUUAAGCCACUUCUAAGAUUAAGCCAGUUCUGAGUGCUCUUAAGCCAGUUCCAAGUGUGCUUGAGGCCAUUCCAAUUGCUUUUAAACUAGAUCUGAGUUUAAGCCAGCCCCGAGCUUUAAUCACUCACACUCUUAACCCCAAGCACUUUUAAGCCACUUCGGAGUGCUCUGAAGCCAAUUCCAAAUAUUUUCACAUGAGCAACAUAUUUAUUUGGCGUUAUAACAGCAAUCUGGGAAUUCAUGCCCAUGGAAAGGGCAAGCCUACCAUGGUUUAUGCUUCUGCACUACAUUUCCUCCCUGGCGAAUCCAACGCGCUCCCCUCAAAUGCUCCCACAUGGCUUUCCAGAUCCACUGCAGCAAUUUUGGGAGGAUGACAUCACCUGCCCAAUGCUGGCAGUCUUUAGGAGGGCUGUCAACGAAGAGAAUGGAAAACUGCAUCAGCAAAACGUGGACUGCAGUCGGAGGCAGACUCAAGGGACCGGAGCUGCGAGAAAAAGGAUGCUGGAGAUUGCGCUGCUACAACAGGGAGGAAAUUUUGCACGACUGGCUUGCCAUAGAAUGAGCUGCAUUGGAAGGGAGAAGAGAUCCAAUGCACAGAGGCUCCUGAAGGAGAACAGAAGGGGCCCUGGCCCGCGUAAUGCCCACAACCUUGCUGAAAGGCUGUUUGAACUGCAAUUGUAUUGCUGGGACUU